GUCAAAAGAAACACUGGACGAACCUACAAUAAAAGUAUUGUCGAAAGGCUUAAAUUUUACUAUAACGCCGCAAAAAAUCCCGUACGAGGAAAUUAUCUGUAGUGUUGAGGAUUGUCUGUUUAAGAAUAAUAUAGGUAAAGAGGAUUUAGAGGCUAUACGUCAAGACAUUUCGUCCUUGUUACGUCGAAGUUCAGCCCCGAAACUAAAUCUUCCCAAAGACGAAUUUAAGCGUUGUACAACUUACGCAACAGACCCGACCUCACGAUUCUCCGCGCGGAUAAAGGAAAUGCUACGGUAAUAAUGGACACGUCAGAGUAUAAUUUCAAAAUACAACAACUUUUAUCGGACAUCUUGACGUGAAUUCGACAAUACCAUCAUGUGCCAAACCACCGAGGUUGUAUGGGUUACCGAAAAUACACAAACCAAACGCUCCACUACGUCCUAUAGUAAGCCAGAUCGAUUCACCAACUUAUAAGUUGGCUCAACACUUGGCAAAAAUACUGUCACCACUAAGAGGACAUACCAGAGCACACACAAAUGAUUCAUACCAAUUUGUUAGUGAGAUUAAAGACCUACAUCUCGCUGACAAUGAAACUAUGGUCAGUUUUGAUGUUCAGUCACUAUUCACAUGCCUACCUAUUGAAGACUGCAUCUCAAUUGUUACUAGAAAGCUAGAAGAUAACAACAUGCCUACAGAAUAUGCAGUAUUACUCAAACACUGCCUCCCAUCUGGCUAUUUAUUGUGUAAAGAAGAGUUCUACAUGCAAGUAGACGGAGUGGCAAUGGGCUCACCUGUAUCUCCCGUAGUCGCCGACAUAUUCAUGGAGGACUUUGAGGAGAAAGCCCUUCUUACUGCUCCUGUAAAUCCAAGAUUCUACAAGCGGUACGUAGACGAUACUUUCACAAUUUUACCAUCUGACAAAGUAACUGCAUUUUUAAACCACCUUAAUUCCAUAAACCCUAAAAUACAAUUUACAAUGGAGUUAAAGGCAAACAAUACUUUAGCUUUUCUAGAUGUUUUAGUCAUCCGAAAUCCUGAUAACACUAUUGGUCAUACUGUGUACAGAAAAAAUACCCAUACCAACCGAUAUUUAAAUGGUGAAUCUCACCAUCAUCCUUCACAGUUAGCUACCGUGGGAAAAUCUUUGUUUCAGAGAGCACGAGGGAUCUGUGACAGAAAACAUCUGGCCGCCGAGCUUCAACACGUCGAGCAAGUACUGCAAGACAACAAGCUUCGGGUCCCGCGCCUACAUCACAGUGACCGAGUGAAGCCAGCCACAGUCGAGCGUGUGCCUGCUGUACUACCCUAUGUCAGAGGAGUCACAGACAAGGUUGGCUACAUCUUGAAGCGAGCUUCCAUUAAAACGUACUUCAAGCCGCUGAAGAAGAUUGGUCAAUUUUUACCAUACGUCAAGUGUCAUAUCCCUCUACAAGAUGCAGGAGUGUACAAGCUGGAUUGUGAAUGUGGUCUCUCGUACAUAGGACAAACAAAAAGAUCUAUUAAAACCCGCGUUAAAGAACAUAUAGCUGACGUGAAGCACCGACGUAUCGGGAAGUCUGCAGUUUGUGAACAUGUUCAGGAUCGUCCCCGUCAUUACAUUAGAUUUGAUAGACCACAAAUCCUCGCAAAAGAACACCGAUUCCUCCCAAGGAUGAUUCGCGAGGCUAUUGAAAUUAAAAAACAUCCUGAUUUCAAUAGAGAAGAUGGAUGGGUGCUGCCAUCUGCCUGGGAUCCCAUAAUUAAUAAAAUCAAAUCCAAACCCAAGUAUACCACUGCUAGAAUUCAAGAUACUGUAAGCUCAUUCUGCGUAAAUCGAAUCAAAAAUUAAUAUUAAAAAACUGAAGGUAGCCGGGCUAACUAUGACAACAGGACGUCAAACAACUCAGUCCCCCGUGACCACGGGUGCUGGAAAGCACCCGAAACGUCGGGAAUAUAAAAUAAGUUAAUAUACGCGAUAAAAUCCGUAAAAUUAGUUUUAUUUAAAAAUUGUGAGUAAGUUUUCGUCGAAAUAUUAUUGCAUGCUUCGAAGUAUUUCCAGAGAUAAUAUAAAAUAAAAAAUGUUGUACAACCGACUUCAAUAUAAAUUAUUAAGAAUAACUCUAAAAACUAUGGGUCAGACCUUGAUGAAAUUUAUACGGGACUACAUGUGAAGCACCAGCUUUCAAAUAAAAAGAAUCAUCGAAAUCGGUCAACCCAGUAAUAAGUUAAGAGGUAACACACAUAAAAAAACAUACAGUCGAAUUGAGUACAGUCUCCUUUUUGGAAGUCGGUAGAAAAAUUAAAUGGAUUUUUACAAUAAUUGCUGUUUUUCUGUAUAAUUAUAUAAAUAAUUUUUAU